CCCAGGCAAAAAGCAGCACUUUUUGUGUAGUGUCAUUGACCUUACCAGACUAUAUACACUUGGAAAGCCUCAGGAGACAAAAUCAUGGGCCUUAACGCCAAGAAUGAUGGCAUCAUAUAGGCGUCUUGUACUAGCUAGCUACCCUCAUUAGCCUCCAGCUCUUAAACCUUUCAUCCCUAGAGUCCCUUUGUUACGGUUACUGAGACGAUUUAGACGACACGGCUAAUUCCAUGUCAUUUUGGCUUCUCUCUGUUGGAUGUGCUUCUCGGUAAAGCGACGGUCUGCACUAAUUACCUUCGUUAGGAAGUGAUAUUCUGCUCCUUUUUUGUACAGCGGUGCGGUAGAGUCCACCGGGGCAGCCAGCAGGUCUGCGUCCCGGCCCCCUUCUUGCCUUACCAACCAACCUGCAAGAUGAUGGCGGAAUGGUUAGGGUAUGUCUGGGACGGACGUACAAUGAUGGCGUCGCAGACAUAUCGGGAACAAAAGGGGAAAGGGGAAGGGAAACCCUAGAAAUAUUCUCUUGGUAGCCACUCAAUCAUGGGUGACCACUGACCACACAUGAUUGGGUUAAUUACCAACAACAUCGGCGCACAACACGAACCACCAUGUGGUCCUGUUCCUCAUGGUCAUGGGAAGCAGCAAAUAACCCACAAGAAUAUGCGUAGUAUAUGGUGUUCUGGCUAUAGGAAUGAGCGAUCUGUCAGUCCUUGCCUGCCUACUACGAAUUUUUAGAAAUACUCGCGCAUUAUGAUCUUGAGUAGAGUCACCAUGUUAGUCAAGAUUCCCCCGAAUGCGUGGGUUCUCUUCUCGGUUGCCGCCAACGUUUCUUUUUCUAGGUAGUACAGUAGUGGAUUCAUGCAUUAUUAGUAGUGCAUUAUUCAGUUCCAGGGACGCAUAUAUGGAAUUAUGGAUGCAGGGACUUGCCUUACCGGGUAUAGUAGGCGGUGUUGGUGUUCAUACACAAUGGAGAGAGAGAGAGAGAGAUGGGUCUUUCAGUGAUGUGGGUGACGAAAAUGACGCCGGUGAUUAGGACGAUUUGCAACCACAUGUAGAGUAGCUAUAGCUUGAAGAAUAUCUACUGGAAACAUCCCCGUGAGAAAGGCACAUAGGGCACUUGAUAUUGGUAGGAAACCUAUCUAGCUGAAAGAGACAAGGUGGACUGUCGGUAUCAGAUCAAAUUUCCCUUUGUAAAAGACGGUACCGUAGUGGGGUGUAGUAAAAACAAGUAGUAGUAGUGCAUGUAUUUAGACAAAGGAUGAUAUCGUGUGUCGAUUAUUUAGCUCCUACAGGCAUGUUGCGUCUUGAUUUCACAAGCAAGAUUCUUUUCAGCCGGGAAUCCCCGACUGAGGAAAAAUCACCAGCCGCCUGAUCGUGAACACUGUCAAGUUGUGAUAGAAUAGAAGCGGCAGGAAAAAGAGUUGCCCGGCCGGCACGGCGGCACCGGCCUGGCUAUCCAUCCCUCUCGGCUCUCGCCCGCGAUCUCCUCCAAAGGAAGGACACGAGAAAAACGUCCACAGAAACCACCCACGCAGCCGCAGCCGAGCAAAGCUGCUGGAUCAUUCCUCCACCACCUCCCCACUUGUUAAAAGGCUCCGCCGCUCCGCCCCCGCCUCUCUCCUCGCUCCCGCUAUUUAUCGGACGGCACCCUCCGCGCUUAAACCCCUCGCGCUCCGCCCACUCCACCACACCGCCCUCCUCCCUCCGCCCCGCCCGCGCCGGCGUACGUCCUGCUGCUGCGCGCGCGCUCUAGCCUCGGCCCCUCCCUCGGUCCAUGGCGGAGGCACUGGGAGCGCUGUGCCGCGGCGGAGGCUGGUCCUACGCGGCCAUCUGGCGCUCCGACCGUCGCGACCCACGUUUGCUAACGAUUGGAGAGUGCCACUGCGAAGAUGAAGCCCGAAAAGUUGUUGAGAAUAUGCUUAAUCAAGUCCAUGUUGUUGGAGAAGGCAUCAUAGGGUCAGCUCUAGUAAGUGGGAAGUGCCAAUGGAUUUCCGAUGAUGAUUCCUUUAGUUUGGUUCAGACAUGCAACGCAGAAAACCUAGGCUUAUUUCAGGGCUAUACUUGGUGGCAACAUCAGUUCAUGAGCGGAAUAAAGACUAUUGCAGUAGUACCUAUCCCGGCGCUCGGCGUGGCGCAGUUUGGCUCGGUGCAAAAGGUAUCUGAGAACUUAGAGUUUCUGGAACAUGUUAAAGGCACACUUUGUCGAAGGGAAAGCAUCUUAUGGGAUCCUUCAACCAAACAUAUUCAUGGAGAUGCUCUCCCUCAUAAUACCCGAUUUCAACUCAAUUCUCUUAGCACAAAGCGUCUUAUGCAUAUCAAAGAUGACCCAGAAAACAUGAAACUUCUUGAGAACAUAGUAGGCAUAGAAUCUCUAGGGAGUUUAGUAAGUACUUCAAGCAGUUACUCUCCGAGCUCUUCAAAUGGUUUCACUUCCUACGGAAGUUUCAACGGUCGAAAUCCUCCUCAUAUAGUGGCCAUGCCUGUGAACUCCAAGUCAAUAAAUGCAGUCAGGUUAUUUCAUAAUGGCAGCAAUUUGAUGCAGCACAAUAGUGGUUCAGAAAAUCCAUUACAGCUUCGAUCUGCUAAACAGCCUGAUUCUAGUUUAGCAAGUGCAACCACAUCCUAUUCCAGUUUAAACAAUCUUCCUAGAAUAGAGCAUGAGCUGUCAUGCACACCCAACAAUCUAGGAUACCACCUUCAAAGUGAAGAUUCAUCUAGUUACCGUAACUCAUUCUCAGCUUGUUUUUCUGUGGGUGAUGAGCUCAAACCCAUGUUAUUUGACAACAACAACAACAACAACAACAACAACUCUCCUGUUCGAAGUAACCCAAUGCAUGAGGUCGAUACUACCGGAUUUACUUCACAGGCUAAUUGUGCAGUCUAUGAGUUGCCAAAUGAAAUAUUGGUCGAACCAACUGUGGGGACGGUAAGCACUCGCGGAAAAGUUAGCAAUGGAAAUACCAGUUUGCUAGAAAGCACGGUAUUCGAUCCCCUCAUACAUGAUUGGUGGGAUAACAGUGUCCUACUAGCAGAAAACAUUCCAGAUUUCGGUGCCACUACCACAUCCUCUGCGACAGAACAGGCAAAUAGUGAUCCACUAUCAGUUGAAGGCAGGGGAUUGUUUUCAGAAUCUGUCCUUGAAGAACUGCUUGGUGCUAGUGGUAAUGUGAGUACAGAUACAGCAUGUGGCUCUGUUGUCUCUAGCACUGGUCCAUUAGCUGGUUGUUUCUCAGGCUGUGAAUUACCAGGGUACACCAUCCACCAAGACUCCUCUUACUCGGCAUGCAAGGAACAAGUACCACCAUUGAACUUCCCUUCCAGCAGCUAUACAUCUGAAAAUGUACCAAGUGGAGCAUCAAAGGCAAUACCAGUGUCCCUGGCCAAUUUAUCUAUGGAUGACAGUUGCAGUCUGCACACUGCAAAUUCCAAGGUCGGGCAGGUAACAAAUCCUGAGGGAGUAAAGGUUAUAAAGAAAAGAGCUAGACCAGGUGAGAGCACGCGGCCAAGACCGAAGGACCGGCAGCAGAUACAAGAUCGCGUCAAGGAAUUGCGUGAGAUAGUCCCAAACAGUGCAAAGUGUAGCAUUGAUGCUUUGUUGGACCGGACAAUCAAGCAUAUGAUCUUUCUGCAAGGUGUAACUAAGUAUGCAGAGAAAAUUAAGCAAGCCGAUGAACCCAAGAUGAUAAGCAAAGAUAGUGGUGCCGUCUUGAAGGAUAACUCAAGCGGUGUUGUCUUGAAAGAUAACUCUAGUGCUGCAAGCAAUGGUGGCGCCACGUGGGCCUAUGAAGUUGCAGGACAGACCAUGGUGUGCCCAAUAAUUGUCGAGGAUCUUUCACCGCCCGGUCAGAUGCUUGUGGAGAUGCUAUGUGAGGAACGUGGCUUUUUCCUAGAGAUAGCAGACACCAUCCGCAGGUUUGGACUGACAAUCUUGAAGGGGCUGAUGGAGCUCCGUGAUGGCAAGAUAAUGGCACGAUUCCUCGUCGAGGCAAACAAGAACGUGACUAGGAUGGACAUAUUUUUGUCACUUGUUCAGCUGCUACAACAAAAUAGCCACAACAGAUCUUCUGACCAGCUAGCUAAGGUCAUUAGCAGUGGGGUUCGAUCUUUCGCGGAGCAUCAGCAAUCUCCAAUGUUGAUUCCAGUUGGACUUGCUGAGAGAUGACAGUGAACACAAAAAUUUGGAGAAGAUCAUAUUGGGGAGGACCAACUGGAGACAUUCAGAGUGUUGACCGGUGCUUGAUGUUGAUUGGCAGGCGUUAAUAGGAGUACUGGUGUAAGAUGUAGCGGAUGUGCAUUGUGUCAUGAAGAAAAGUUUCAGUUACUAGUGCUUAUCAGGAGCUAUACAAGUUCUUUUCCUUUUUUGAAUUUUUUGUACAAGUCCUUAUGUAACCAGUUUAGGAACGUCAUGUUAGUUGUUUCUUGUUUGUAAUUGAAACGCUUGUGUGAAUGUACGUUAUCUGUUGUGUGUGUAGUGACGACUGAAUUUUCGACCGAAGAAAAUGAUAUGUCAAGAAUUGAGUUAUCUUCUGCUCA